UUUUAGCGGAUUUUCAGGCUGGAUGUUGAUUUCCGUCCAGCAGGAGCCGCAGCGCUGCUCGGUCUCUGCUCGGUGCUCCGCCUCCUCUCUUUAAAUAGCAGCUGUUUAAAAGCUCCGCACAUUCUCCGCCUGCAGCCCCGGUAACCGGCCUCCUCAUCCUCAUCCUCACCGGCAGCCAGCUCCUCAUCCUCAGCCUCCUUCAGCCCGACAUGUCGGCCGCCAGCACCGAGACCAGCGCGCCUCUGCCCACCGCCGGCAGCCGCGUCUUCUUCCAGGCGGCGCCCGGUGUGGGCUGCGUGGGCUCCGGGCCCAUCACCGGCACCGACGACCCGGUGCAGAAGAAGCAGGGCAAGGUGACGGUGAAGUACGACCGGAAGGAGCUGCGGAAAAGACUGGUGCUGGAGGAGUGGAUCAUCGAGCAGCUCAGCGAGUUGUACGACUGCGAGGAGGAGGAAAUGCCGGAGGUGGAGAUCGACAUCGACGACCUGCUGGAGGUCACCAGUGACGACGAGAGAGCCAGCAAACUGCAGGAAUCACUAAUAGACUGCUACAAACCAACAGAGGACUUUGUCCGUGAGCUGCUGGGCAGGAUAAGGGGGAUGAGGAAACUCAGUGCUCCCACUAAGAAGGCCUAUAAUGGUUUUACUGGGAACCACCAACCAACCAUCAACUCCGUCAUCAUCUCCGCUCCACCUCCAACCAAUCACGGACCACCAACGCAUUAGGAACCAUUCUGCAACCAUGAACCCAUAGAUAGAGCACUAGUCAUUGGUUUCAGCACCACACAGCUGUUAUUAGAAUAUGACUGUUUAAACCCGCCACAAUAAAAGCCCUGGAAUGUGCCAGAACUGCAACUGUGCUUUUCAAACUGUAAGUCCAACAGCCAUAGACGAGAGGAGGGAGGAGGUGAAUGAAAGUUGCAGUAAACUAGCCGUAGCACGACGUGAGCGCAGUGCUUCAUCAAUCUGUCGUUUUCUACUGAGGUGUUUUUGCCGUUUUGAAUCUGUACCGUUUGUUGCCAUUUCGUCCGUGUGAUCAAGUCGUGCGUUUCGUUUUGUCCUUUUUUCCAUCAGUGCUUGCAGACGUGAAGCAGCUCCGUGGCUUCGUUUAGAAACCCAGAGCUCCGGUUCUGUCCUUUUUGUGAUGAUGUUUAAACUCUGGAGGCGGGGCGCCGUUAGCAAACCGGGCUAACGCUUCCGCUAAUCUCCCGCUGUUCCAGUUCACCGCAGCAAGGCAUGAUGGGUGUUGCAGUCCUCGGUAUGAGCCUGCAGACCUGUAUGAUUGGCAGCCUUCCACUGGUCGUGUUGUUCGUUGUUUUUCACGCUCGUCUCGGCACAUAUCAGCCGGUCAUUAAGCACAAACGUUGCUGCUCACCUGGCUCACCGCUAACCGGACAGGUGUCGCCUUUAAGGACUUUCAGGAUCAGUCCACCUUCUACUCAAAAACCUCAAAAUAUGAGUCAGAACCUGAAGAAAACUCCAACCUGUCGAGCCCCGUGAGGAAGUCCAUCCGUCCUGGAGGCGUUAGCGUCGACACGCA